AUGGGAGAUGUGACUGUCAUUUCUUCAACCAUUGUUCAACCCCAAAACAUAAACCAAUCGAGUCAGCCAAAGAUCCACCUCACUCCAUUUGAUCUUAACUUUCUUUGUAUCGAUUAUCCUCAGAGAGGUCUCAUCUAUCCCAAACCCGAUCCAGAUUUCAAUCUCAUCUCUCGACUAAAGUCCUCUCUCUCUCUUGCCUUAGAGACCUACUUCCCUUUCGCUGGUCGUCUUGUGAAAACGUAUAACCCUGAAGACAACACGGUGUCGUUUUUCAUAGACUGCAAUGGCUCUGGCGCUAGGUUUCACCACGCCGAGGCUAAAUCUGUCUCCGUGAGCGAUCUUAUUCAACCUAAUGGCUCUGUUCCCGAUUUCAUGAAGCACUUCUUCCCCGCUAACGACUUCAAGACCUUUGAUGGCGUUCAAGAGCCCUUGCUUGCUAUACAAGUCACUGAGAUGAAGGACGGAGUCUUCCUAGGUUUCUGUUACAACCACUUUGUGGCAGACGGUUCUUCCAUGUGGAGUUUCAUGCACACUUGGUCCAAGAUUUGCUCGACUGGUUCAGCUUCUGAGCAACAUCCCCCUCUUGUUCUUAAAGGAUGGUUCCUUGACGAGAUCGAUUACCCGAUCCACAUUCCCGUUUUAGAGGAGAAGAAGUCACAACCAAGCCGUGAACUUUCUUCCGAGCCCAUUGAUAUUGUUUUUCACUUCACGAAGAAGAAUGUUUCAGACCUCAAAGCCAAAGCCAACAGCGAGGUUGGCUCGAGCGACUUGAACAUAUCAUCUCUUCAAGCAGUUUCAGCGCAUAUGUGGAGAUCAAUCAUCAGACACAGUGGUCUGAGCGGAGACAAAGAAACGUAUUGCACAAUAGGGGUGGACUUUCGGCAGAGGGUAAGUCCUCCUCUUAAGAAAGAUUGUUUUGGGAACAUGAUCUAUAAUACAGUACCAGCCAAAGCCACAGUGGAAAAGCUGCUGGACCAUGGCUUGGGUUGGGCUGCUCUGCAAAUAAACAACUUAGUGAGUACGCAAACGGAUGAGAAGUUGAAGACUUUUGCGGAGGAUUGGGUUAAAAACGUGGUUAAAAAGGUAGAGAACCUAAGAUCAGGUAUUGGGAAGAGAAUGGAUGGUGAUGCUAUACUUGUCUCAAGCUCUCCCUGGUUCCAAGUGUACAGCAAUGAUUUCGGUUGGGGAAAACCGGUGGCGGUUCGAGGUGGACCGAGCAAUAGGACCAGUGGCAAACUUGUACUUUUUCAGGGAACCGAUGAAGGAAGUGUUGAUGUUCAGACGACGCUAUUGUCUGAUGAUGUACUAGUGAAACUACUAGCCGAUGUGGAGUUUUUAGAAGGUCUCCUCUUCCACAAACCCGACCCGGAAACCCGUUUCAUCUCCCGGUUAAAAUCCUCUCUCUCGACUGCUCUAGAGAUCUACUUCCCAUUAGCUGGUCGUCUUGUCAAAGUGGAGAAUCUUGAAGACAGUACGGUCUCCUUUUUCAUAGACUGCGAUGACAGCUCCGGUGCAAGAUUCGUCCACGCCGAGUCCAAAUCAUUGUCGGUGAGAGAUAUUCCUCAACAACAACCUCCUCAUGGCUCUGUUUCUGAUUUCAUGAGUCGUUUCUUCCCAUCUAUCAACGUGAAAAGCAUCGACGGUCUAACAGAGCCCUUGCUUGUGUUGCAAGUCACCGAGAUGAAAGAUGGCGUCUUCAUCAGUUUCGGAUACAACCACAUAUUUACUAGCUAG